AUGGCAAACGAAACCGAGAGCAAGUGCCAGGCUAUCUGCUCUGUUCUGCACAACAACGCCAACUGGGCCAAGGAUGUGCAGGAGAAGAACCCCGAAUACUUUGAGAAGCUGGCAGCGGGCCAGUCGCCCAAGAUCCUGUGGAUUGGAUGCUCUGACUCGCGCAUGGCUGUCGACGUUCUGACCCAGACCAACCCGGGCGAUAUCUUCAUCCACCGCAACAUCGCCAACCGCAUCCCGAACGAGGACCUGAACUCGCUGAGCGUCAUCGAGUACGCCGUCAAGCACCUCAAGGUCAAGCACGUCAUCAUUGCUGGCCACACCAACUGCGGUGGUAUUGCUGCUGCCAUGGGCACCGAGUCGGUCGGCAUCCUCGACCACUGGCUGCGCCCCAUCAAGGACCUCUAUCUAGCCAACGAGGAGGAGAUCAACGCUCUGCCCAAGAAGGAUCGCGCCAACAGGCUCAGCGAGCUCAACAUCGUCCAGGGCGUGCGCACCGUCUCCAAGCUGCCUGUUGUCCACGAGGCGUGGAAGAACGACCAGGAGCUGUACGUCCACGGCUGGAUCCUCCAGCUCCACAACGGUCUGCUCAAGGACCUCAACGUCUCUGUUGCUGGCAUCAAGGACGUCGACGAACUCUACCGCCUCCACCCCGCCAAGCACUAA